AAGGGUGGAAAAAUAGAUACAUCGAUCGAAAGAUGCGACCGAAAAGAAGUCCUUAACACGUUUCCGCGUGCAUCCCGGCGUGACGGUUUAAUAUGGCAGAAUGGUUCGGCAUAGAAUUAUCACGCUGAUACUCUUUCUGGCAGCAUGGCAGGAAGUAGUGACUUUGGUGCCAGUACGUUCUGUCGCUAUAGAUAUUGGUCAGAACUUGACUUUAGCUUGUGCAGAGGAAGAUGCACUACCACAGUCAGGACAAUCUGUUGGAGUGAUGUGGAUAAGGGAGGGACGCGAAGAUGGACAAAUUGAACGACUAAAGGUUGAGCCUAAUGGAGCUUUGGAACUUAUCAAUGUUAGCACAGAUGAUGCUGGGAAUUACACAUGCACCUUGGAUGAUGAUCAUGAUGCUGUCAAGACUAGAAUUAACGUACAAGUUAGAACUCCUCCUCCUGCCUUACACAAUGUAUGGGUAAAACCAUCUACAAUAUUGGCAAACAUUCUUUGGGAAGUAGCUGGCACAGGUGGUUAUCCUAUCAUAGAUUUCACUGCCGAAUAUCGUCUUAAACCGAAUGUGGGUGAAGAACCAGAAGACUGGAAGCCUAUUGUUCCAACGCACAUUCCUCCAAAUUCUAGGCAAAUUGAUGUGUAUCACUUGGUGCCAAACACGACGUACUCUUUCCGAGUGUGGGCAACGAAUCAGCUGGGAAGAGGAGAAGUUGUUGAGGUCGAGGGUCACACGCAUCACAGUAUCGAAGAACUAGAACUUGCCAGACAUCUCUUAGCAGGUGUAGAAAAUUUUGACACUCGCGUCUGGGUGGCAGCGGUAGGCAUAGUUAUGGGUACACUUAUGAUUCUUGGUAUAGGUACUUGUUACCUCCUCUAUCGUGAGUGCAAAGUACCCUCGCAGCUGGAGGAACAGGAAGUGAUUGAACUUGUUCCCAACAUCAUUCUGAAUCCAGGAUUUUUCGACGAAAGAACAGAACACAUUCCGCAAGAUGAAAAUUUCAACAACCAAACCACCACACGUUUGAACAAUAACAGCGUUGUGCAACCUAGGCGACUUUAGCGACUAAAUACUUAGGUUUUUGUGGCUUUUUUUAUUAACAAGUGGCUUGAGCACAAUAUAUGUGUCACCUUAAACGUAAGUAACUGGGAUUACAAAAGGCCUCGAAUCCGUAAAGCGUUGGCAAGCACUUAGAGUCAGAUAAACGAUAUAAGCAACAACGGACAUCGCGAUAACUGAAACUUGUUUACAUUUAUAAUCAAGAAAUUGAGAAACUGACAUCAUUCGCUCUGAGUGUCCUAAGCAAGCAAAUUUUUCACUUACAAUACAAUGUAAAGUGUUCAAAGCAUAUGUAAGACUCUGGUAGGUUUUGUGAAAUGGAGUAGCAUAUUUUUGAGGAAGUUUACCAGGAUGUUCUAUCGCUAUAAUUUAAUAUGCCAUUGCUCAGUAAUCGAGCUUAAAGUAAAGAACUCCUGUAAGCCGAAAAAAAAUAUUCUUAGUAAGACUGUAAUUCUAAGAACGAAAACCGACAUUUUUUGGGAAACUAAACUCAUGACAUUAAUAUUAGUGGCAGAACUUCCAUCUUACAUUCUGCAUGAAUGUAUCGUGUUUUGUACGCAGUUAUUUUUAAUCAUUACCACCAAACACGAACGAAAUUUAAAUGGACAAUAUCACGCAGAGAGUAAGAUUUUUGUCAGCAAUACAGAUCAUCCGGUUAAACAGAUUUCUUUAGACGUGAGGUACGAUAAAGGCUUGCUUACUGCCGUUUUAAGGUGUGCAGAAGUCGUUGGUAAAAAAGUUCCUUUUUUGUGUCUUUACAAAGGUUAUUGUUUUUUUAUUUAUUAUUAUAAGAAUGCGCUUGUUUUUAGAGGAUAUUUUGAUAAUUUUUUUCCAAAGAAUUUAAUGUUACUAAACUUGAUGCACCGCAUGUUCUUUCUGGUAAAAUCCUGCGAAUCAGAGAGUGUACAAUGUAAAGACCAUAGUACUCUAAUUGUAAAGAUAAUUCUACUAUGUUAACGUUAUUUAUAGCGAUAUUAUAUUCCCUAUAUACUUUUAACUUUGCAUGUGAUCAUUCAAAUAAUGUUUAAUGCUUCAACAAGCUUUUGCACCACUUUAAUAACAAAUGCAAUAUUGCUAUUGAAUAAUAAGCUGUAAAAUCAAAUUUCAUCACGACGAAAUCUUACGAAAUACGAAAUAGCACAAUUGCAUAAAUGAUAAGUUUCAGUACAUGACGUUAGGAAAAUUAAAAAUUCAUUAGUCUUCAUGAUAUUCAGCAAGUAAUAACUACUCCUGGACACUAUGCAGUUCGUUUAGAAUCACUCCAUUGAGGUUAGCAGUAAACAUAGAGCAAAGAUAGGAUAAGUUAAAAUAUUUUGGAUAUCAUCUUUGAUAGAAUCAUGUUUGAUAAUCAAUCAUUGAAACAAGUCUUUUUCCAAGUAUUCAUACGUAAUAAAACAUGUUAUCAUCCUACACAAAUUACAUAAAAAAAUUAACGUAGUCAAUGAAUAAGGUUGAUGAUUUUGAUAAGAGUUCUUCCUGUACAAACAAAUAUACAAUUAUUUUCCACAAUUUACAAAUAGUACCAUAUCAGAGUUUGUCAUUGCAUAAAAUUCAUUAUCAUAAAAGUUAUAGUAACGAGUGCUUAGUAUUGAAACUUAGUAAGAAAAAAAUUUAUUUUAUCGUUGACUGAAUAUUUUGAAUGCUUUUUUUCUUAAGAGAAAAAUCAGAAUACGUAUUAUUAUUAUUUUUUUAGAGUAGUUUCUGUUAAAGCACUCUAAGUGAUGGAUAUGGAAAUGGUUGUGGAAAUUGAGUCUCGUCUGUAUUAGUCUUUCACCUGUUAUUAGUAAAGCUCAUGUCAGAAACAUAAUACCUUAAUGAUUCUACUUAAUACAAUUAUGUAAGUUAAAGUUUUGCUUUUGUCAAUAUGAGAAACUGACAAAAAGCAAUUUGGUGCACGCAGGUUGUAUAAAAAUUGGUUGUGCGUUGUUACAUUGAAGCUUUAUGAUCUGUUCCUCCCUUCUGCAUAAUCUUAUAGGGGUGAACAGAUGCAGUUCGGCUUCGUACUAUGCACUCUGUGUUGUGAAUGGUAUAUAUAUAUUUACACGCUAAUGAAAAUUAAUAAUAUGAUAAUAAUAAUAAUGAUAAUGAUAUAAAUAUUUAUAUAGCCGAGGCAUCAUAAUAUUUUAGCUAUAAGCAAAGACAAUUUUUUAUAUAAAUAAUAAUUAUGCUGGAACGCAAUGAUAAUAUUUAUCUACAUAUUCAUAUAGGUACCUUUGUGUUAUAAUAUCGAGCUUGAAGAGUGAUCUAGUAGAUUUUCUCAUUAAGAAUAUUUCAUGUAGAAUAUCAUGUUCCCCUUUUCUUUUAAAAGAGUCGUGUUCUACAUUUUUCGUUUAAAAGAAUUCUUACAUUUUAAUCAGUGAUAUAUUUUCAAAGAUUAAUACUACACAUAUGACAAUUGCAAUCUUUAAUUUCUAAAGAGAUUAUUAUUGGUUUAACAAGUUCAGUAACAAUAGGUUAUAAUACUUCGCGACACGAUUCCUCGCAUUUCAUGCAUACUCAACUAAGAAUAUAAUCACCUGUUUCUGCUGACAUGUAUAACAAUAGGUGUACUAUAAAUUAAAUGUUUAACUGUCUCUAUCAAAGCUAUCUGGUGAAGGCAUAGGUUUUGCAUUUAGUGGCAUUAACAUGGUGACGCCUGAUGAAGAAAAAAAAAGUAUAAACGUAACUCGGUAUAUAUAAUGAAAAAUUAUUCUUAUAACUAUCAGCUGCUACAAGAAGUAACAAUAAAGCUUAGCCUUCUGUGUUUAGAAUUCUGCCAUUGCAUACAGUAGCAGAUCUGCAUAUCUACCUAUGCAAUAUAGGAUAUUCAUAAAAUGACUUUUAUCAUGUUAGGAAUACAAUCAGUAAAGUAAUAUCAUUAAUGGCAAGAGUUAAUAGUAAGAUGACGAUCACGAUUUGUUUUUUAAUAUAAUAGAUAGUAUUUUUUAAUAUCACACGAUGUACCUCUUUUCUUAAUUGGAUAUUCCAAAUUGACUGCAAUACUAAUAUUGAAACUAAAAAAAAGAAAAACACAUCACUAAAUUUAAUUUUGCAAUAGACCGUUUUUCAUCUUUCUAUACCAAAAAGUUGUUCUGAUGCUAUAACAGUGUAACAUAGAUAUAUUUUUAUGAGGUAGACGAAGAUUAUAUAAACUAAAAUCUAUAUCUACAGUGAUAAUGGCAGAUAUUUUAUGUUUAUAUCACAAGUUACAUAAAUCACACAGAAAAUUUAUAAUCUGUCAAAUUAUCGUAUGCGAUUUUUUUUUUUUAAUCUAAUGCUUCCUAUUACUUGACUUUGUUUCUCAUCUAUGUUUAUACAUCUUUUAAAUACAAAAGCUAUUAAACACAACGUGUGCAUAGCAUUUACCAUUAUACAUCUGUAGUUAAAGGCAUUGCAUUAAUAUAUUUACUUCAUAUAGCACACUCAUGUGAAAUAUAUACUAAGUAAAGCACGAUACCAUAGAAUAGUAUAAUGGUUGCCGGUAGCACCAAGAAUCGUCCCUAACAUACAUAUUGCCUGCCUAUGACAUACCAGAGAAGGAAAUAAAACUCAAUGUGGUUUUUACAAAAAGCUUCAGCUCUUCUCAGUUUCACAGAUAAGAUUUUUAUAUAUCACGUAUUUACAAACAGAAGCAAUUGUAAAUACUAACAUGUUUCUAAAUUCUUUACUUUUUGUAAAAACUACACGUCUGUCAUGUCAUUGUCUAUUAGAAGAAUAACAUUAAUUUUAUAUCCUUACAUUAAGUGAUGGUAAAAAGAGAUUUAUAAUGAUAAUUCCAGAAAUAAUGUUAUACGAAAUAAGUAUUAAUCUUCGUAUUAGUUCCGCGUUAGGUUACGAUAUUGCGUAUUAUCUAUUUCACCCAAAGCGUUUUCGGUGAUUCCUUUAAUUAAGUAAAUUUAUUGGUUGUUUCAUAAACAAACAAACAAAAACACAAAGAUAGAUAAGAAAUGAAAUUUGUAUAUAUUAUUACGUAUUAUUGUUUUGCUUCUAUAUUUUGUAUAAAUUGUUAAACAUGCACCUAAUUGAUUAUAUUAAUUUACUUUAUUUAUGCCAAAUAUACUGUGUCGCAUUAUUGUUAUUUAAAA